AUGCAACUUAAUACAACUAGAGUUGCUCAAAGUAUGCAGGGUUAUUCACUCUCGCAAUUUUUUACGACACUCAUCUUUGCUGUGAUCAUUGCUGUUAUCGAAAUCGUCAUAUUUCUUUGUACUCGAACAAUAUUUAAACGUAUUUAUGAACCAAAAACAUAUCUAGGAGAUGAAAAACGACGUGUCGAACCUUUACCUCGAACACCUUAUGGAUGGUUACCAGCUUUAUUAAAAAUGCCAAAAGAAGAUCUUAUUCGUACAUCUGGUCUUGAUGCUUAUUUUUUUGCACGUUAUCUUUAUAUUCAUGCCAUAUUUUUCUUAAGUUCAUUUGUUGUCUUAGGAGUUAUUCUAUUUCCAAUUUAUACAAUUGAUGGAAAAGGUGAAGCUUUUGGUAAAAAUGGACUUGAUAUUUUAACAUUUGGUAAUAUUUCACCACAUCACUCUUUACGUUAUAUUGCUCCAUUAGUACUUGCAUAUGUUUUUCUUGGUGCAUAUUUUUUUAUGCUAUAUGUUGAAAUGAAAGUUUUUGUAGAAAAACGUCAAGCAUUAUUACGAAGUUCAACAUAUCAAUCACGUGCUAGUGCAACAACAAUUCUCGUGACUGCGAUACCAAAAGAAUACUUAUGUCCUGAUGUACUUUAUCGAAUAUUCAAUCAAUUUCCCGGUGGUGUUAAACAUAUUUGGCUCAAUCGAAAUCUUGAAGAUCUUCCUGAUAAAGCAAAUAAACGUAUGAAAUUAGUUGAAAAACUUGAAACAAUCGAAUGUAAAUUGAUUAAAACUGCAUUAAAAAAUGAAGCAAAAAAGAAGAAGAUGAUGAUGAAAAAUAACCAAAUUAAUUUAGAAGAACAUGUUACAAUUGAUGAGGAUGAAGAAGAUCUUUUAACUUAUUAUAUUCCAAAAAAGAAACAUCCAACAAUGCGAAUUGGAUCAAUACCAAUACUUUCAUCUUUGUGUUGCGGUAAAAAAGUUGAUGCUAUAACAUAUUGUAAAAAGACUAUCUCGAAAUUAAAUACAGAAAUUGAACGAGCAAAAUUAAAUCUAAACAAAUAUAAACCGAUCAAUUCGGCAUUUAUUCAAUUUAAUACACAAAUAGCAGCUCAUAUGGCUGUUCAAAGUGUUGCAGCAUCUAUUCCGCUAGCAAUGACACCUCGAUAUAUUGAUAUAAAACCAUUAAAUAUCGUUUGGUCAAAUUUAAAAUUAACUUACUAUGAACAGAAAAUUCGAAAACUUAUUAUGGUAGCAGCAACUGGAGCCCUUGUUGUCUUUUGGGCUAUUCCUGUUACAUUUAUUGGUAUUCUUUCUAAUAUCACAUAUCUUACAGAUAAACUAACUUUUCUUAAAAUAAUUUAUAAUCUACCAAAAGCAUUGAUUGGAUUAAUAACUGGUCUUCUACCGACUAUUCUCUUAGCUAUUUUAAUGAUAUUAUUACCUUUUGUAUUAAAAUUAUUGGCAAAAUUAUCCGGUAAACCUACCACUGAUUCAAUUGACCGAUAUGUCCAGGGUUCUUAUUUUGUUUUUCAAGUAACGAAUGUAUUUUUAUUUGUGACCAUUUCACGUAGUGUUUCUAGUGUUAUUAUUGAUAUUGUUCAAAAUCCUCCUAGUGCUGCAACAAUACUUGCUGCAAAUAUUCCAACUGCAAGUAAUUUCUUCUUUAGUUUUAUUGCAUUACAAGGUUUAACUGUAGCUUGUGGUGUUUUACUACAAAUUGUAACAUUAAUUUCAUUUUAUCUUCUUGGAAAAUUAUUUGAUAAUACACCACGAAAACAAUCAAGACGAUAUUUUACACUUUCGAGUCUUGAUUGGGGUACAAUCUUUCCUAUUUUUACAAAUUUUAUUGUUAUUACUUUAGUUUACUCAAUUAUAGCACCUCUUAUACUGAUUAUAUCUGGAUUAGCAUUUGGUUUAUUUUAUAUUGCUUAUAGUUAUGCAAUGUUUUAUGUGAAUGAUUUUCCCAAUGAUUCUGGUGGUCUUGCUUUUCCAAGAGCAAUUUAUCAAUCAUUUACCGGUGUUUAUUUAAUGGAAAUAAUGCUUGCAGCAUUAUUUUUUCUUGUACAGAAUGAAUAUGGUUCACAAGCUGCUAUUCCUCAAGGUGUUCUUAUGUGUAUAUUAAUUGCAAUUACAAUUAUUAUUUAUAUGACUAUGCGUUCUAGUUUCGAUCCACUUACAUAUUAUUUACCAGUCGAUGUUGAAGAAUAUGCACAUUUAGAAAAUCCACACAAGAGAAGAUUUCCAGUAACAAGAAAAGUGAUUCGCAAACUCCAAUAUCUUCGAACAACCGAUGAUAUUAGUAUGAUUUCUAAUAUAAAUGAUGCUGUGAUGGAUUUUUAUGAUAAUACAAUGGAAAAUGCAUAUAUGAAUCCCGUAUUACGAGAUCCUAAGCCAAUCAUAUGGAUUCCACAAGAUAGUUUAGGUAUUGCAAUGAAUGAAUGUCAACGAACUGCACAAUCCUAUCCGAAUAUUUCAAUGUCAACAAAAGGUGCCAGAUUCAAUAAGAAAAUGAAGAUUAAGAUCGACUCGCCUCCGCCUGAUUGUUUCAAAACACAAGAAGAAGAUAUGAUUCAUACACGCUUUUAA